GCAUAAUUAUUAAGCUAUUUGAUGGCAAAAAAUGAAGUUGAAGUGUUACAUUUAUCUGCAAAGAUUUGAUUCAGGACUUUUAGGGGAAAGCGCGGCAAAAUGGUAGUUCAUGCGAUCCUUGCGUAUUAUUUGAUUCGAAAAUUAAAAUUCCUCCCAUCCAUUCAGAUGUAUCUCCUUUGGCCGUGAACCGUUUGCGUAUAAUAAAGUGAAGGUGACGAUGAUGUUUGUAAUUUUCUUUGCUGUGUUAUUCCUCAUCUAUUACUAUUUGACCCGAAAUUUCAAACACUGGGAAAAGAAAAAUGUGCCUUUCAUCAAGCCUUUGCCAUUUUUUGGUAGUAUUUACGAUGGUGUUUUGAUGCGUCACUCGAUAGGAGAAGUAUUUUACGACCUUUAUUACAAAUCAACGAAACCUUUCGUUGGAUUUUUUAUCCUGGAUAAGCCUUGUUUACUAAUCAGAGAUCCGAAAUUGAUUAAGAAGAUUCUAGUAAACGAUUUUCAAUAUUUCUAUGACAGAAAUGCCGUAAAUAAUAAAAGGGAUGACCCAAUUAGUACCCACAUUUUAUUCAUAUUGAAAAAUCCCGACUGGAGGGAACUUAGGACCAAAAUGACGCCAGUUUUUACCUCUUCAAAAAUAAAAAUAAUGUCGGAAUUAAUCGAAAAUGCUUCGCAUGAAAUGACCAACUAUUUAAACAAUCAUAUCAAGGAUUACAAUUCAGUUGAAAUGAGAGAUGUUUGUUUGAAAUUCACCGUGGAUGUGAUUGGUUCAACUAUUUUUGGAGUGCAAGCUAAUUCUUUCAAAGAUGAAAAUUCGCAAUUUAGUUCAGUGGCCAAGAGACUGAUUGAUUGGGACGAUAUUGUCACAGCAUUUCGGUUCAGGUGUUAUCUUUUGGCCCCUUUGUUUGUUAACUUGUUUCGAAUGAAACUCUUUCCUCCUGAUUGUGUAAAUUUUUUGAAGAACACUUUUUUGGAUAUCAUGGAUAAGAGAUCGGUUUCAAACAAGUCCAGAAAUGAUUUAAUUGAUAUUUUACUACAAAUGAAGAAUGAUAAUCGCAACUUCAUAGAAGGAGAUAUUUUAGUGUCUCAAGCACUCAUGUUCUUUGUUGCUGGCUUUGAGACAACGAGCUCAACAAUGGGCUUUGCAUUGUAUGAAUUUGCACGUAAUCCUGACAUUCAGGACAAAAUAAGAAACGAAAUAAAAGACAUUUCGGACAAAUACGGCGAUAUAAAAUAUGAUUCCUUAAAAGAAAUGGAAUAUUUGGACAUGUGUGUUAAGGAAGUUUUACGAAAAUAUCCAGUUGUGCCAUUCCUUGACAGAAAAUGUAACACCACCUACACGAUACCAGACACCAAUGUUACGAUUGAUAAAGACACUCCUAUUUUCAUCCCAAGUUUAGCUUUGCACUAUGAUCCCCAAUAUUUUCCGAAUGCUGAUAUUUUUGAUCCGGAGCGCUUUUCCAGUAAUAACAAAACUGGAAUCGACAGUUUUGCUUACUUACCAUUUGGGGAAGGACCACGUAAUUGUAUAGGUGCAAGAUUUGGUUUGCUAACCGCAAAAUUAGGUCUAGUGCAUAUUUUGAAAGAGUUUGUUGUGAGUUGUAAUGAGAAGAGUAACGAAAAGAUUAAAUUUAAUCCCAAAGGGAUGGUCCUGUCGGCGUUAAAUGGAAUUAAUUUGAAAUUAAGCAAAGUUGAAAAAGCAACUUAAUAAAAUAUUUUUGGCACAAAA